AACACAAAAUAAAAUACCCCUCCCUCUUCUCUCUCACAGUAUUAUUGUAUGGAUUCUUGAUUUUUCUCUCUCCAAAUUUAAUUUAGAUACCAAGAACUUUAAAGCUCAAACCCACAAAUGCUUCCACUCUUUUCCACCCACCUUAUAUAGUCUCUUGUACACCAACUAUGAUGCCUCAUCUUUCUCUCUCUAAGCCUCACAACAAGACAAACCUUUCGCUUUGGUUUCCUCAUCAGAUCUCUUUAUCUUACAGUACAGACACCACCCUACAUGUAUAAAAAAAACCCUCCGCACACAAAAUGCCACCGCUGACCGCCACCGCCACCACCACCGCCACGUGAACAUUCUUCACCCACAAACAAAACAACCCAUAGCACGUGUACUCUCUUGUUGUUAGUUUUACUAGAUGAGGUGCAAAAAACACCCGGGCGACCUCAGCAGCGGCGUGGGCGUAUGCGCCUCUUGUCUCCGAGAACGCUUAUUUGCAUUAAUCGCCGCUCAGGCUCAAAUACAGCAGCAGCAGCAAAUAGCACAAUUCGCAAAGGCACAUAACCAUCACCAUUCACGCGCCGCUGCGGUAGUAGAUGAAAGCCGUAAAUCAGAUUCUAACUCUCAAUAUCUACAACAACCACCUCCACCUCUGAUAUUUCCUCGUUCUGUCUCUCCUUACGUUGCUCGCCGUAAAUCCGACGACUCCUCCUCCUGGUCCAACCACAACCACCACCAUAACCUCCGUUUCUACAGCACUCCUCAGCUGGGCCCUACCUACACCACCCCUUCCUCAACCACAACAACCGCGGCGUACAAGAAGCAAAGCCAAAAAUUCUCGCUUUUUUCUAAUUUAUUCAGGUCCAGAUCCGACAAAUUCAAAACAGACUCGACUGGCCGCCGUGAUUCUAUUGAGCCACCAUCUUCCUCUUCGCCUUCCUGGUUCUCGAUGGUCUUCUCCGGUCGUCGGAGAAAGCAAUCAAGGCAAUUGCCCGUGGAAUAUUCCGGCACGGUUAGCGGAGAGCCUCGCCAGAGGUUGGAUCGAGGAAUGUCGCCAGCGAGAGGUGCGGAUUCCGACAAGGAUUGCGAGAAUUGCGACCGGUCACCGUCAGGGAGCGGCUGCUCGUCAGAGUCGUCGCCGGGGUGGAAAAAGACACCAGUAGCGUCGGGUGUGAUGCGGCGGGGGAAGGCGGGACACCCUAGAAACGUGACUGGAUUGGCGUUUUGUUUGAGUCCUCUUGUCAGGGCGAGCCCUAAACGGAACUGGAACCAGAAGGGAGGAUUGCCGCCUGAAUUGGGAUAUUCUGGUGAGGUUAGGGCUCCUGUGAGGCCGCAUCUGUCCACCGCGGCGUCGUUUUGCGCGAACCGAUCGAGGAAGCUUGCGGAUUUUGGUAGAGUCAAUCAUAACCAUUGAGAGCGAUGACUCGUUCGCCCGAUUGAUUUGACCAGAGUGGUGAUUUAUUUUGAAUUACGGUUUUGCCCCCUCCAAAUUUGCAGUUUAUAUAUAUGAUUCUGCGUUUGCUCUCUUUUGUAUGAUUGACAAGUUAAAUUAUAGUGUAGGGGGGAAGGGAAAAACACAAAAGAAAAAGGGGAAAAAUAUAAAAAAUAUAUUUGGUUCUUCGCAUACAUUACUGAUGCUUAUUAUUAUCAUAAACAAAAAUUAUUUUUUUGUUGUACAGUUUGUGAAUUUAUUUUAAUGGGUGUAUAGAACAUAGUGAAAUUAGACACAUUCUUCUUUA